UCCCAGAUCUUCAGCCUGGACCUGGGCGGCAUCUCCACCGUCGUCCUGAAUGGUUACGAUGCGGUGAAGGAGUGUCUGGUGCGCCAGAGUGAUGUCUUCGCUGAUCGCCCGUCCCUCCCGCUCUUCCUGAAGAUGACCAAGAUGGGAGGUCUUUUGAACGCCAAGUACGGCCGCUGUUGGACGGAGCACCGGAAGUUGGCGGUGAGCUGCUUCCGUAACUUUGGUUAUGGUCAGAAGUCCUUCGAGAGCAGAAUUUUGGAAGAGUCCUUCUUCUUCCUGGACGCCGUGGACACCUAUAAGGGGAAAGCGUUCGAUCCCAAACACCUGAUCACCAUCGGCGUCUCCAACAUCUCCAACCUCAUCCUGUUCGGGGAGCGCUUCCGGUACGACGACGACGAGUUCCUGCACAUGAUGGAGAUCUUCAGUGAGAACAUUGAGCUGGCCACCAGCGCCUGGGUCUUCCUCUACAACGCCUUCCCACUCAUCGGCUUCCUGCCCUUCGGCAAGCACCAGCAGCUGUUUAAGAAUGCCGAUGAGGUCUACGACUUCCUGCUGAGGAUCAUCGAUCGCUUCUCCGAAAACCGCAAACCGCAUUCGCCGCGGCAUUUCAUCGACGCCUAUCUGGAUGACAUGGAGAAGAAUGCCGCGGAUCCGAACAGCACAUUGUCCACAGAGAACCUGAUCUUCUCAGUCGGAGAGCUGAUCAUUGCCGGGACUGAGACCACCACCAAUGUCCUACGCUGGGCCAUCCUCUUCAUGGCUCUCUACCCCAACAUCCAAGGUCAGGUCCAGAAAGAGAUCGAUUCUGUAGUUGGACCGAACCGUAUCCCGACCUUUGAAGACCGCCUGGCCAUGCCGUACACCGAGGCCGUCCUCCACGAGAUCCUGCGAUUCUGUAACAUCGCCCCGCUGGGCAUUUUCCACGCCACGUCCAGAGACACUGUGGUCAGGGGGUACUCCAUCCCCGAGGGCACCACCGUCAUCACCAACCUCUACUCUGUGCACUUCGACCAGAAAUAUUGGACCAAUCCGGAGAUCUUCUACCCGGAGAGGUUCCUGGACAGCAGCGGCCAGUUCCUGAAGAAGGAGGCGUUCGUCCCGUUCUCUCUGGGCCGCCGCCACUGUCUGGGUGAACAGCUUGCCAGGAUGGAGCUUUUCCUGUUCUUCACAACGCUUUCUCCGCCGCUUCCACCUCCGUUUUCCGCACGGCUCCGUACCGAACCUGAAGCCAAAGCUGGGGAUGACCCUUCAGCCGUAUCCGUACCUGAUCUGUGCUGA